AGCAGGAAGCAGUAGCCGGCGGACCGCCUGUCAUGGCGGACCAAAACAAGACAGAGAGCGCAAAUAACUUCUACAAUGAAAUAUUAAGUCCAUGCGAGCUGUUUGCGGCCCGCUCCAGAAGCCACAAGCUCCCGGCCCGAGGACAGAAGGACUUCUAUCCGGACGACUCUGAGGAGCAACGGCAGCGGCUGCAGCAGAGCUUGGACGAACACUGGCGUCUCAUCUCAGAAGAGAGGGUCGAGAGGCUAGGGAACCUGGUGAAAGGCGUCUGGAUCCCAAGUGAACGCAUUGUGGAGCUUCAGAGUCCAGCUGGCAAGUUUUGGCAGACGAUGGGUUUUUCUGCAGAAGGAAAGCAGUAUCUCCUCCCUGAAGAAGCUCUCUACCUGAUGGAGUGUGGCAACCUGCUGGUGUCUCAUCAGGACCUGCCGCUGUCCAUCCAGGACGGCUAUGAGAUGUUCCUGUCUGCAGACGCUGUGAGCCUGCAGCAGUAUCAGGUGUUCGGGCAUCUGAAGAGGCUCGGCUAUGUGGUGCACAGAUUUGAUCCCAGCUCUGAGCCGUCGUCCUACGCCAGGCAGCUCAACCUGCCUCCGUCACGAGAGCGAGGGGGGAGACAGCUGAAGAGGAAACGCAGCCCCAGCCCGACGCCGACGUGCAGUAAAGGAGAGUCACCGGCUGAGAAAAUGGAGGAGGAUGAUAAACUACCCGAGUCACACCUGCCGACCUCUGCCGAGCCUCCGGAGCCUCAGAGUUGCUCCUCAGGCUCUGCAGCCGAAGCCGGGGCCAGGACCUGGUGGAUGACGGAUGUUCCCGACCGGCAGGCGGACAAAAGACCGUCCCCCGGUUCCCCGUCGGCUCGCUCUCGCUGGAACUUCAGCGCCAUCCCUUUCCCAGACCUGGGCUCCACCGGCCGGCCCCGCAGCGUGGCCCCUCCGCACCCCUCGCUGCUUCCCGGGGGCGUAACGGUGGGCGUCUGCGACGUCGCCUCCUGGAUGCGGAAAGUCAACCUGCGGGAGGUGAGGAUGUCCCGGAAGGAGGAGGAGAGGGAGAGACGCAGGCGCCGCCGGGACGUGAACAAAGACAGAGAGGUGCAGCGGUGCAGAAACUGGGCCGAGUACCACGAGCUGCUGGCCCGGCGGCAGGCGGCGCGGGAAGGCCGACCGGCUCACUUAUGGAGCGGGGAAGUCACGCCUUUACACGACCCGACUCAGCCCAUCUCCACCGCUGAGCUGCUGGAGAAAAUCAGCGUGAUUACAUCUACUAAUCUGCUGGAGGGAGCGUCCAGGUUGAAAGGUUCGGAGGAGUGGAGGAUUUGUUUCAAUGUUUACCAGCCGGACUCGGUGGCUGACUUCAAAAAGAGCAACCCGGGCAAACCGUACACCCGCAUGUGUGUCUGCAGCUUCGACGGUCCUGUUCCCGAUCUGCGAGCCAUCAAGCAGCUGGCCUUUCAGAGCGGCGACGUUCUCGUCGUCUUCGCUGUCGUGGACCACGGAGACAUUUCCUUCUACACCUUCAAGGACUUCCAGCUGCCCAGGGACGUUUACCCCUGAGGCUCAGCCGCCCGGGGCGUCUUAUCCAGUCUGGAUGAGCUUCAGAUGGGGGGGGGGGGGGGGGGGCAGUUUUCACACCAAAGCAGCAGCAGUCUUUCUGUUUCCUUUCAUUUUCUACUUACACCAAGGAAAGCAAAUGUUUGCAUGGUGUGGCUUAUUUUUUCUGCCAACAGAUCAAUGUCAUCAUGAGAAUCCCCCGUUUAUUUUAAAAUAAACCCUUGAGAUUUACAAACUGCUCACAGACAAUAACAUGGUUAUGUUUCCCAAAUGUCUUUAACAAGAAAAAGUCAUAAAGGAC